GCCCUAAAGAGAUAUAUAUACACAAGACCACAAAAUUUUCCUUGUGCUCAAAACCAAUUCAUAUUAGAAAACAAUCUAGUUUAAUUUCUAGCAAAAACCCAUUUCAGGAUCUUGAUUUUUUUUUGGCAACAAAUUAUGCCAGUGCCUGGUUCGGUUGUGCAAGGGUUCCCACAGACCAGUAUGCUUUUUGGUCAUGGAGGGAGAAAAAGAAUCAUUGAAGGCUCUGAAGAAGAUCUAAGAAGAAAGGAGAGGAAAAAGAUUAGAAAUAGAGCAUCUGCUGCUAGAUCUCGAGAGAAGAAAAUGGAGAGGACAAAAUUUCUGGAAGAAAAAGUAGAAGAACUAAGAGAAGAGAAUGCCCAGAUGGAGCGAUUAGUCAAAUUAAUUAUUACUGGUAGUUCAUCACUUAAAUUUAUUUUUAGAGAAAAUGAGCGCUCUAAGUGUAUUAAAAAAUAGAGGCUAACCAACGAGUUUUAGCUCUGUGAUAACGGAAUUGUCUUACAGAUUGUGAAGUUUUGAGUUUAGCUUUAGUCGAAGUCAAAUAAAUUCAAGGGGCUAAAGUAGAUCUCUAGUUAACAUAAUUAAUUUAUUUUUCAGGAUAAAAAAGGUAAACGAAUUUUAUAUAUAUUGUUGAAUAUUUGCAGAUGGAGGAAGAGGAGGAGAAUGAUAAGCAGAUCAUCAAGGCUGAAGAAGAGACUGCAAAUAAGCGUAAGGGUUUGAGGAGGACCUUGACCUCACCAUGGUGAUCAUGUUCUUGAAAUGGGCUAAAAAUACAUAAUUCACCUUAUGAGAUGCUGUCUAGUUUGAAACUUUUCAUAAUUUGCUGAAUCAAAUAAAGUUCAGAUCUGGCGUAACUGGGCAGAAU